AUGAAGAGCCAACCCAUCCUGAUCCUGGCCAUGUGCCUCCUGGCCCUCUCCUCCGUUUCCGGCAUGCCGCAGCGUCGGGCGAAGAGUCAACGCCAGGUGGAGUACUCCUCCACCCCGUAUCCGGCAGCUGGAUUUCGGCCAAGGAUCGCCUUCAAUCUGCCCGGCGAAGUGCAGCCCAAGCUCGAGACGGAACCACUGACCACCACCACCAGCAGCACCACAAUUCCCAGCGAAGUGCAGACCCUGGAGAACACUGAGCCAUUGAGCACCACCGAGCAGCAGCAACCGGAAACGGAAACGCAGACCGAGACGGAAGCGGAUUUGGAAGUGUCCGUCCGCACGCCAGCCAACACCUACGGAGCCCCCGGAGAGCAGGAUCCCCUGGAGCCCGACACCGUGGAGGUGGUGGCCCAGGAGCCAGCCCGUGACUUUCAGCCACCCUCGCUGGAGGCCGUCGAGGACUUUGCCGCCGAUGGCGCUGUUGCUGCUGGCAGCGAGCAGCCUGUUGCUGAUGUCCCUGCCCUGGGCGAAGCGGAAGCCGAGGACAAUGAGCCGGAGGCUGAGGUCAAGGCCGCCGCACCAGCAGGAACCUACGGGCCACCCGCCACCACCUACGGCGUACCCGAGCUGAGCGAGCCCGAGAACGAGUUGGACCUGGAGGAGUCGCAGGUGGAGCUGGUGGAGGAGGCGGCGGCGGAGGAGGCGCUGACCAACGAGCUGGCCAGCGGACGCCUCAUCCUGCUGCCCCUGGGCGCCAGGGGAGCGCAGUUCGGCCGCCUCAUCCUGGCCGUGGAGCAGCCACGACAGCGCUUGAGGAGCGAACGCCUGAGGAGGAUCUAA